AUGACGUCCCCUUCACCGAGCGGCUACUUCUUUAGAAACAGAUGGUCUUCCACCUCUUGCCGGACGGGCAACUUCUUCAGUGCGGGCGCCAUCAGCAGAUGUCUGAAGGGAAGGAACCUGAAACUCAUUGGAGACUCCACUGUGCGCCAGUGGCUAGAGACACUCAGCAGAGUGCUAAAAGGUCUGAAAUAUGUAAAACCAUAUAAUACUCAUCAAUCUGUGCUGGCUGCGUACCCACAAAUGAACUUCACCGUCCAGUGGAAGAUGCACGGACAUCCUUUCGUCACUGGCUACAACGUGGUCAAAGAUGCCGUGGGGUACGUUUCCAGAGAAGUAGACAGAGUAGCGGUUGGCGACGUGGUGGUCAUUGGAGUGGGACAGCAUUUUAGGCCCUUCCCCCCGGAGAUCUUCGUCCAGAGGCUGAUCAACAUGCGUAAGGCCAUCCUGAGACUCCAUGAACGCAGCCCCCAGACCAUCGUCAUCAUCAAGCUGGAGAACACCAGGGAGUUCAACUCAGAUAUGACCCAGCUGAGUGACUGGUAUGGCCUUGUGCAAAACCUGGCUCAGAGAAAGGUGUUCAGGGACCUGAAGGUGGUGCUGGUAGACGCCUGGGACAUGACAACAGCCGCCAACACCUUCGCCAUCCACCCUGACAGCAUGAUUGUUUCCACUGAGAUAGCCUUGGCUCUGUCAUACAUCUGUCCUGAUGCAUAGAGGCUCUUUCUGAUAGGAACUAUAUAACAGGGGUUUCCAACUCCAUUUCUGUAGAGACUUUGUUUAACACUCAGGGGGGCUUGUGUUAAUAGGCUUGUGUUACAGUACCCUAGGGGCUUUGAAAUUUUAAGGUUUUUAAUUGUGUCUCUAAUAGUAAUAAUAAAUGUUUAAUUCUGGGGUGGAAUUUCAGUGCAUAUUAAUGAUUAUACAAUGACCAAUUUAAUAAAAAUAUUUUAUGUCAGUUCCAAGGGUGGCAACAGGGUGGUGCGGGGCAGGGCUGGGUUUUGCCAACCCCUAGCCUCAGUCUUGCCCAACCAAUCAGAAAAUGGGAAAAAGAAAGUUAAUUUUGACAUCUAGUCAAUUGUAAAAUAAAUAUAUCCAAUAUGAAUAUGAAACUGGCUAGUGCUGACCAUACGCAAUUUUCAGUCAUUGUGCAAAAAGCAAAGUCACUCAACAGAGCUGCCGCUGUUUUACCUCAGUUUUCAUCAGACAUGACACUUUUUGCAAAGACAUUCAAUAACCAUAACCUCACAUAUUCACUUUCAGUUUUGAUCAAUAAUCUUAAAAAGAUUUCUAGGAAACAAUUUGGAAUGGAGCAUUAAAUGUGAUCAUACUUGAUCUGUGAAAUAAUUGAAAAUCACCAUCCCAAGUGAAAACCACUAGUUAUUCAUAGCUUGUGUACUUUCCUUGAGGUUUGUACAGAUUUUUAAUACUUUGGAGGGAAAAAUGGAGCUUUCGAAUCUUGACAGCAAUAUGCGCACAUAAGCAAUACAGUACAAUUCUCAGAUCUUUUUUUUUUUUUUUUAAGUUCGCUUCAGUGAAAGUCAAAAUCACAGGGACUGAGUCCCAGCUAGUCGUUAAGUUUUCAUUGAUAGAAAUUCUGUGAGACUGUGGUAAGACGGUUUACAGAAGACUGUUCCUUGUCAGACCUCCCAAAGAAAACAGACUGUUUACUGUACUGACAGGGAGUCAGCAAGUGUGAUUUGCCACCAGUCACACAUAGUAUCUACUUUAUGCCAUGGCCUUCAUGAUCUUCAUGCCUCAUGUAAAUAUAGUUUUGAUGUUUUUAAGCAUAAGAUGAUAAGGUGGAACUGGAGUCUUGCAUUGUUUUGAGGAUAGCCAACUUGUCACAUAAUAUCAGCUGCUUUCAUGGAGACAAACUAAUGCUUUAGGUUUUAUCGUUUGAUGACACUCAGAGUUUUAUCUGAUUUUACAGAAAAAAAAAAAAGAACGUCUAUGCUUUCAUUAUCUGUAUGUCUUAAUGUCAAUUUCAGAAUAAAACACUACUGAAACUGA